AUGUUUAGAAGCAGCGAAAAACGGGCCAAGAACUUCGCGACCGACCUGACACCCGAGGAGCUCGAGGGGUUGGUACAGGCGCUCAGCGAGGAGCAGAAAGCGCUUCUCCACGAGAUUAAGCAAACGUUCAUGGCAAACGUAUAUGGAAAUGAGCUGCUCUUUGACGACCUUUUUUUCGUCAGGUUCCUGAGGGCCAGGAGUUUUGACCUUAAAAAGACGACCGUUAUGCUCAACAAGUACUUUGCCUGGAGGACCGAAACUGAUGUCCCCAGGAUCAUAACGACUGACAUGACUGAAAUUCGAGAAAAACUUCGAGUACAUCAUCCGCACGCCUACCAUGGAGUAGACAAGAUGGGAAGACCCAUUUAUAUCGAAAGGAUUGGACUAUCCAAUCCAUCAAAAGCAUUGCAUGAACUAAGCACGCAGCAGCUUACAGAGUACUAUGUUCAAAGAUACGAGUAUCUUUCUCAUGUCAUGCUUCCGGCGGCCAGCUUAAAGAGUGGUAAAAGAGUCGAGCAGCUCCUAACGAUUUUAGAUCUCAGAGGAUUUCAGAUGAGUCAGAUAAACACAAAAUUGAAGGCCUUUUUGAGCGCAAUGACUCUCGUUACACAAAAUUACUAUCCAGAGCUCCUGGGUAAACUCCUCUUUGUAAAUACUCCUGGUAUGUUCUCAGCCCUUUGGGCCAUCUUCUCGGGUCUUUUGGAUAAAAAGACACUUGGAAAAAUCACUGUUAUAUCUUCCAAGACUGAAUCAAGGGCGAAGAUUCUUGAGCUCGUUGAACCUGAUCAACUGCCAGAGUUUCUCGGUGGUACUCAGCCAGACGAUACAUGGCAAACGAGCCAUUUUGGACCGUGGGGAGAUGAAGAAAUUAUAAAAUCUCUCAGGGACACGAAUCCACAUCUACCACUUGAGCUUUUUGAGCUAAAGUGUUUGUAG